AUGAUAGAUUUGAGGGAGCUUGCAUGUAAAUUUACAAGUGCGGCUGUGUUCCAGUCACGUGACAGAGCUUUCCUCCGCUCUGAACCUUCUUCGUCACUGUCGUGCGCAACGCUGGAGGUGAAUGCUGCCAACAACGCAACAACAACUCCCCUGGAGAAGAAAUACUUACUCACAUUAUACAGGGCCUCUGGACUACUGCACUUCCACUCGCACCACCCAUUGGAGGGUAACUUCAAGGUGAAGGCCACUGCUGGUGACACUCACUUGGGUGGUGAGGAUUUCGACAACCGUCUCGUCAACCACUUCGCGCAAGAAUUCAAGCGCAAGCACAAGAAGGAUCUUUCCUCCAACCCUCAUGUUCUCCGUCGUCUACGGGCUGCUUGCGAGCGUGCUAAGCGUACUUUGUCGUCGGCUACACAGACUUCCAUUGAAAUCGACUCCCUCUUCGAGGGUAUCGACUUCUACACUUCCCUCACUCGUGCCCAUUUCGAAGAGCUGUGCGCGGACCUGUUCCGCAGCACGCUCGAACUCAUCAAGAAG